UUCCUGUAAGGUAGCGCUGCAGCAGUAGCUCACAUCUUCCAAUUUUUUUGAACUGCGCGGUUGGGUUUGCGUCUGGUUGGUGUUAACGUUAACGGCACUUAUUCCGACUUCCGACUGAACAGAGAGAGAUCCUGUAUUCCUGUAUUAACCGACCCGAGUGUCUUGUGGUAAUUUUUUUCAAUCCCCCCCACUAUAUAGUAGUGGGUCGCGUCAGUGUGUAUAAGUGUUCCUGUGCAUUUGAGCAAGGAAAAGUGUGAAGAAUCUGUUAGCUGAAAGAAAGCGCAACUUUAAAGAGAAAAAGCAGAAACGAAAUGGCCACCGAAGUAGCCCAAAUACCCGCUGAGGAAACGCCUGCCGUUGCGGCGCCCACAGAGAAGCCAGCCUCCGAACAGGCGGAAAAACCUGCUGCCAGCGAGCCUGCUGCUGCCGCGCCCGCCGUCGCUGCUCCGGCUGAAAACGAAAACGCCCAAGGAAACAAAGAGGACGGCAAGGCGGCGUCCAAGGAAAACGCUGAUGGUGCCGCAGACGGGGAGGCCAAGAAGGACGGAGAGGCAGCGGCUGCUGCAGCGCCGGCCAAAUCGGAGGCCCCUCCCGCACAAAAGUUCAAUGUGCACAAGACCAACUUCGAGAAGGACAUCAUCUAUCUGUACCAGUUCUCCAGGACUCCAUUGCUGCCGUCGCUGUCGCCCUACUGCUUGAAAGUUGAGACCUGGCUUCGUCUGGUCGGUCUCAAGUACGAGAAUGUCGAUCAUAAGAUGCGUUUCCGCUCGAAGAAGGGUCAGUUGCCUUUCAUCGAGCUGAAUGGAGAGGAAAUCGCUGAUUCGGCCAUUAUCAUCAAGGAACUGUCGUCCAAAUACGAGAAGAAUCUGGAUUCCGGCCUAACCGCCGAGCAGCGCAACGUGUCGUAUGCCACCAUCGCCAUGCUGGAGAACCAUCUCAUCUGGAUCAUCUUCUACUGGCGCGCCAAGUAUCCGGACAGUGUGCUCAAGGGCUACAAGGUCAAUCUGCAGCACGCCCUCGGAUUGCGUCUGCCCAACUCCAUCUUGAACUUCUUCUUCAAGAUAACCUUUGGUCGCAAGUGGUUCCAGGGCACGAAAAAGUUGAAGGCGCAUGGCAUCGGCGUCCACAGCGCCGAGGAGAUCGAGGAGUUCGGCAAGGACGACCUGAAGGUCCUCAGCGAGAUGCUCGACUGUAAGCCGUUCUUCUUCGGCGACGAGCCGACCACCCUCGAUGUGGUGGCCUUUGCGGUGCUCUCGCAGCUCCACUAUCUGUCCAAGGAUAUCGCGUACCCGCUGCGCGACUACAUGACCGAGAAGUGCCCCAACUUGAUUGGACACGUGUCGCGCAUGAAGGACAAGUGCUUCCCCGACUGGGAUGAGAUCUGCACGAAGCUGGACCUCAAUGCGCACAUUCCCAAGCCAGAACCCGAGACCAAGGAGGGCAAGGAAGGUGGCGAGCAGGAGAAAUCAAAUGAGCAGGAGGGCCCCGAGGGCGAUAAGAUCGAGAAGGAGUUGGAGAAGGACAAGUCGAAUGAGAAGGAGUCGACCGAGGAGAACAAAGAGAAGGAGGAAACAAAGUAAAUUCGCCGUUAGUUGUAUUCAUAUGUAUAUCCCGAUAUAUAUACAUAUAUACAGACGAGUCGGAAAGUCGAAGGAACGAAGGAAGAAAGGAGACACCCACAUACACACACAUUAUAUAUAUAUACAUAUGUAGUACGAUACUAUAUAGUAAGGCCCUAUAUAGCUAGGCGCUGCGCUCUCAUAUAUAAGCAUUCAGACAUCGGACGACAAGCGUUUUCUAAGAGAAGAGAUCAGUAUAGAAGAAGACCCAUUUACAUUUAAAGUGAAAACGAAAGAAAAACCUAGGACAACUGUAAAGCAAAAAGCAGGCACAGACACAGAACUCUCACCAUCAGCAUCCGCAACAGAACGAUCGAUCCACUAAGUAAAACGAAAAGCGCAAGCAAAUGCGGAAAAACGUAAAACAAAAAAGUAAAAAAAAAACGUAUAUAUAUACAAUAACGUAACGUAAAAACUUUGGACAUCUUUUUUUUAUAUAUAUACACGAUGACGUUUGUAUUACAAGAACAACAAAACAAAAAACCACAAAAAAUUAACAAAAACAAAAAAAACCAAAAAACCCCAAAAAAAAAAACAAGAACCGUAAAAAAACAUUUAGUAUAAAAUUAUAAAAGUUUAUACGUAUAAAUAUUAAGAGGAGAGGACGACGGACAGAGGGAAAGAAAUUAUAAAAAAUUAGUUAAAGAACUCGAAUAAAACAUAGAAGGAGAAGGAGAAGAAGAAGAAAAAGAAGUGAGCAAAACGUGAGUAAAAAAUGAGAGAGUAAAGAAAAGGAAGCCAGAACAGAACAGCAUACAAUACACGCAUUAAUCAUUAGUUUACAUUCAAAGGCGAUCUAUAUAAUACACACAUACACACUCUACACUCUCAUCCAGAUACACAAACUAACACAGACACACAGCUACACUCACAUAUAGCAUAUGCAGCAAAAAAUUGCAAAAGAACACGAUGGUAUUGUUUACUCUUCCAAAAUUUGAUUAAGCUUAAAGUAAAUCCCGGAACAAGUACGAUGGAUUGGGUAGGACGAUUAUAUUAUACAUAUA